CACACACACACACACACACACACACGCACUCAGAACAACAGAGAAUUCAGAGAGAAAAAGCGGCAUAGCAAUAAGUAACAGAGGAUCAUGCUCAGCUCUCUGGACGCGCUGGCUGGCAAGAUAGCCAAAGCGACGCCGGGCACUGGCGCCGUGGCGGCCAAUGCCACAGGCAAUAAGCCAACAAACAAUGCACAUCAUCCGGCGCAUCAGCAUCAUGGUACACGGCAUCAGUUGGACUAUGAUUAUUCAGCUGUUGAGAUCGAACCACCUGCCGAACAAUUGGCUAACUCGCCGCGCAGCGAACGUGAAAGACUGCAGCAGGCGCAACACGCUUACGAGCAGCAGGCACAAGCCGAACUUGAAUUUGGCUUGGCCGAUGUGGACACGAAAAGUUGUUUAACCCUGUUAACGCAUCGACGUAGCAGUCAAAAUAUGCACCUGCUCAAUCAUAAUGGACAGGCGGGCAAAUCGAAUAAUGUGCAUGCAGCUGCACGGCAUCAGCAGCAGCAUUAUCAUCCCUAUCAGCGGCCUUUGCGGCCAGUCUCACCUGUGGUGCAGCAGCAGCACCAGCAACAGCAGCAGCAGCAACAGCAGCAGCAGCCGCAGCAACAAUCACAGCAACACAGUCCGCAGUCGCAGCAGCAGCAGCAGCAGCAGCAAUCGCCAUAUCAGCAACAGUUAACACAUUUGGCCGCGCUGCAGGAUCAUCACCAGGAACUGCUGCAAUCACAGCAGGAACUGUUCCACAAACAGCUGAUCAACUUGCAACAGCAACAGGAAAGAGAACGUCAAGCUGCCGUUAAUUAUAAUGAUAGCUGCAACAGCGACCACGACUCACAGCAAGAAUACAAAAUUUGCCUGAGGGAUAGUGCAUUUGGUAUGAGCGAUAAGAGCAGCAGCGCCACCAAUAGCCUACCGAAUAGUCCUAUACAUAGCAACAAUAACAAUUCAUCGCUGCUCAACAACAACAGCAGUAACAACAACGCAAACUUGGUGGGCAGCAACAAUUCGCUGUCAGGCACUCCUUUUGGUAACGGCAAUAAUAACAAUAAUAACAACAACAGCAGCAGCAACAUCAUGUCCAGCAGCUUAAUGAACAACAACAACUCGUGCAGCGCCAAUCGCAAUGUUGUUGUUAGCAUGGACGACGAUACAUGCUAUCGCUUAGAUCCAGACACAGCCGUUGUCACCUAUGGCGAAAAGGAGCCCGAUCCCGAUAACAUUAAAAUGUUUGUGGGCCAGGUGCCCAAAUCCAUGGACGAGGCGCAGCUACGUGAAAUGUUUGAGGAAUACGGCCCAGUGCACUCAAUAAAUGUGUUGCGUGACAAGGCCACUGGCAUUAGCAAAGGCUGCUGCUUUGUGACAUUUUAUACGCGUCGCGCCGCACUGAAAGCUCAGGACGCACUGCACAAUGUGAAAACGCUGAAUGGGAUGUAUCAUCCCAUUCAGAUGAAACCCGCCGAUAGUGAAAAUCGCAAUGAACGCAAACUGUUUGUUGGCAUGCUAAAUAAGAAACUGAACGAAAACGACGUGCGUAAGUUAUUUGAAGUUCACGGCGCCAUCGAGGAGUGCACAGUGCUGCGCGAUCAGAACGGCCAGAGCAAGGGUUGUGCUUUUGUCACAUUUGCGACCAAACACGCUGCCAUUUCAGCCAUUAAAGUAACCUUGAGCCAGAACAAAAUCAUGGAGGGCUGCACAUCGCCGCUGGUUGUUAAGUUUGCCGAUACGCAAAAGGAGAAAGAACAGAAGAAAAUACAGCAAAUUCAGGCAAAUCUAUGGAAUCUGGCGACUAAUAUUAAUAUACCACUCGGUCAGACGCCAACCUCAGUUUCCACACCGAUACUGCCAAACCCACCGCAACAACCGUCGCCGGUAAUGGGCGCCGAUGCUCUCACGCCCGCCAGCAUUCAGUUGCUACAGCAGCUACAAACAGUUGGACUGCAGCAACAGCUGCUGCAAGCACUGACAGGUCUGGGAGCCGCUCAGCAAAAUAAUUCAUCGCAGGACACAACGAACGCCGCUGCAGGUCUAUUGAAUCCGCUUUCUGUACAGAAUUUGGCAGCUAUUGCCGCCAUGACGCAACCGAGUCUAACCAAUGCAGCAACAUCACCAGGCAGCGCACAGUUAACUAACACGGCGGCUCUCUUAUGGUCUGAUCCGAAUCCAUUGGCAUCGGCGUAUAUGUCAACAGCCGCUGGUUUACCGCAAUUUGGAAACACCACCGCACUGUCCACCUCACCGUUAGCCAGCGUUGCGCUGAGCGCCGCUGCGGCCGCUGCUGCGGGCAAGCAGAUUGAAGGACCCGAAGGCUGUAAUUUGUUUAUCUAUCACUUGCCACAGGAGUUUACCGACACCGAUUUGGCUUCAACUUUCUUGCCAUUUGGCAACGUUAUCUCGGCCAAGGUGUUUAUUGAUAAGCAGACGAGUCUCUCGAAAUGUUUCGGGUUCGUCUCCUUCGAUAAUCCGGAAUCAGCACAGAUGGCCAUCAAGGCCAUGAACGGCUUUCAGGUGGGCACGAAGCGUUUGAAGGUGCAGUUGAAAAAACCCAAGGAUGCAUCCAAACCAUACUAAGAAACCCCGAGGAGGAGCACUACUAUGAGAACAUAAAAGAAGGAGUGAGAGUAAGAGUAAUUAAAAUUGAGAAGAAUCCAGCUGCAGGAACAAACUUAACUUAUCUUAACAAGAACAACUAUAGCUAAAAGAGCAACAGUAAGAAAUGUUUACCCCUUGAAAAAUACCAACACGAACUAAAUUGUCAAAUGGAGUAGUCCAAUGAAGAGUUACCCGUGUGGAGCGCGCGCGUUAAAAGUAAACCAAAAGUCAAGAACCCUACGUUGUACGUAUACCCUAUAAAAAAUUAAAAAAAAAAAAAAAUUACUAUUGAAAAAAGACAUGAAUUUGUGCCAAAAAAAGAGACAGCAAUUAAAUAUUUAGCACGUUAAAUGUUGAAGUCGAACAAAAGAAACCUACUACACCUAGAGAUACCCUAUAGUUUUAGUGCCUUAGUUUAGCGUUUAGUUCUGUC